AUGCAGCGUCGAACGCAAUUGUUGGGGUUGGCCCUUGCCCAGAGCGUCUACCUGUGCUCGGCCGUAGCUGCGUUCAUUUGCAUUUGCUCUACAUCUCCUGCGUACCUCUGUCUCGUACACACCAUUUGUUGGCCACUGUUUCUUCUACUUGGCGAUGGGCUUCAACCGGCUCUCGUAGCAUUUCUUUUCAUUCUCUGCGCCUGUGUUAAUCUGUGUGACGCAGCCGUUUUGCCUCCACUAUUCUCUCUACUCAUUCCGUUGGGUUUCUACCUCACUGGACACUCGCCAACACUACCAGCCAUUCCGUGGCAAGCGGCUUUCGUUGGUCUACCCGGCAAUUUCUCGCUUCGUGUGUUUCCUGCUAUUCUGAUUCUAUCGCACAUUGCGGUGUCUGCGAUCAUAGUGCCUCUCGUCUUACCUCUUCAUCCACUUACUAAGGCUGACUCGUUGAAUGCCUUGGUUGGCUGCGCUUCGAUUGCUUCGUUGUUCUCAUGUAUUGCUGCCACGAUUCACAUAGAAGACAUCUGA